AUGGCUCUGUAUGAGGCUCUUUAUGGGAGAAAAUGCCAAUCUCCACUAUGCUGGUAUGAAGCUGGGGAGAAAAGUUUGUUGGGGCUCAAAAUGAUUGCUGAAACUACUGAACAAGUCAAGAAAAUCCGAGAUAGGAUGCUCACUGCUCAGAGCCAGUUCUACAAGAAAUUUUUUCCCAUUUCAGUCAGAAAUGCUAAGAAACUUGAACUGCUUCAGCUAAAACAAGGCCAGAUGACUGUUACUGAGUACACUAGCAGGGUGUUCUCUGAACUCAUGAACAAGAGUAGGGUGGCUGAGGAGUGUGUGAGAAAGUCUACAGCAGAGAAAGGAAGUCUGAGAGCGCCUUUCCAAAGGACUCCAAGGAGGAAUUUUGCACCAAGGGGCAGAAACUUCAAGCGUGGUGGCUUUGCCCCUCAACACAAUCAAGGACAGGGCAACUUCAUAAGGCCAAAUGCUAAUGCUAAUCAAGGAAGAAGGCACUUGGCCAAUAACUGCCUAAAGAAGAAGAAGUACAAGACUGAUAGGGUACAACAGCCUGGGAGAGUUUACACCACUUCUGUAGUAGGUGAUGAGGGAUCAGAGACACUGAUUAGAGGUAACUGUGAAAUAGCCGGUAAAGUUUUGAGUGCAUUGUUUGAUUCUGAAGCAACACAUUCAUUCAUUGCAUUUAAAAAGGCUGAUGUGUUAGGAUUGAAAAUAAUGGUCUUGGGUUAUGAUUUAAAGGUGUAUAAUGCUACCCAUGAGGCUCUGGUGACUAGGUUAGAAUGUCCACAAGUUCCAUUUCGAUACAACAACUGUCAGGAUAUUAUGUUGCUAACUGCAGGGGUUUCGGGUGAUGAUCAAAGCUUGGAGCAGAUUUCAGUUGUUUGUGAGUUCCCUGAGGUUGAGUUUGCUAUUGAGUUGGUGCCUGGAGCUGGUUCGAUCUCAAGUGCUCCUUAUAGGAUGUCACCGCUAGAAAUGGCUGAGCUUAAGGCUCAGCUAGAAGAUUUGUUGGGAAAACAUUUUAUUCAACCGAGUAUUUCUCCGUGGGGAGCGCCAGUGUUACUGGUGAAGAAGAAAGACGGGAGUAUGCGCCUGUGUGUUGAUAAUCGGCAGUUGAAUAAGGAUACUGUGAAGAAUAAAUAUCCAUUGCCAAGAAUUGACGACCUAAUGGACCAGUUACAAGGAGUCGGUGUGUUUUCUAAGAUUGAUUUGCGAUCCGGAUACCACCAGAUAAGGGUUAGAGAUGAGGAUAUUCCCAAAACUGCUUUCAGGAUGCGUUAG